AUGCGCAAUGUUUGCUCCCGGUGUCCUUCUUGGCGCCGCGGAGCAGUGAGACCAUGAGAAAUUUCCCGACGGCGCGGAAGAUGCACGCCAUUUCCGGUCGGGCUCCUAACAACAGGGGAGGCUGGUAACCAAGGUGGGGGGGAUGGCGGAGAGGGCGCCGGAGGCUGAGGCGAACGCAGGCGGGGAGGCCGCGGGCGAGGAUUGCGCAGCGAACCGAAAGGCGCGGGGCCGGCCGCGGCUCACGGAGUCGGACCGGGCUCGACGUCGGCUCGAGUCCCGGAAAAAGUACGACGUGCGGCGCGUGUACCUGGGCGAGGCACACGGGCCCUGGGUGGACCUGCGGCGCCGCAGCGGCUGGAGCGACGCCAAGCUCGCCGCCUACCUCAUCUCGCUGGAGCGCGGCCAGCGUAGCGGUCGCCACGGGAAGCCUUGGGAGCAAGUCCCCAAAAAGCCAAAGCGGAAGAAAAGACGGCGACGCAACGUGAACUGCCUGAAGAACAUGGUGAUCUGGUAUGAGGACCACAAGCACCGCUGUCCCUAUGAGCCACACCUUGCCGAGCUGGACCCCACCUUCGGCCUGUACACUACAGCCGUGUGGCAGUGUGAAGCAGGCCACCGAUACUUCCAGGACCUGCACUCACCUCUAAAGCCACUCAGUGACUCGGAUCCUGACAGUGACAAAGUGGGCAAUGGCCUGGUGGCUGGCAGCUCUGACUCGACCAGCUCGGGCUCUGGCUCAGACUCUGAUGACCCCCCUGAAAGCCAGCUGGUCAAGGUCACAGCAGCAGUGACAGCAGCGGCGGCAAUUACCCCCACCAGCCCAGUGGGCAGCAGCGGGCUUAUCACUCAGGAAGGGGUGCAUAUCCCCUUUGACAUCCACCACGUGGAGAGUCUGGCCGAGCAGGGUACCCCCCUGUGCCCCAACCCAGCAGGCAGUGGGCCUGAAGCCCUGGAGACAGUAGUGUGUGUGCCGGUGCCCGUGCAAGUGGGUGCAGGCUCCAGCACCCUCUUUGAAAAUGUGCCCCAGGAAGCACUGGGCGAGGUGGUGGCCAGCUGCCCCAUGCCAGGCAUGGUACCCGGCUCGCAGGUGAUCAUCAUCGCGGGCCCCGGCUAUGAUGCCCUCACGGCUGAGGGCAUCCAUCUCAACAUGGCAGCAGGCACUGGUACCCCCAGUAGUGGCCUGGGCGAGCAGGUGCCCUGUGCCAUGAUGGAGGGUGUGGCGGCCUACACCCAGACCGAGCCUGAGGGCAGCCAGCCCAGCACCAUGGAUGCCACCACCAUAGCAGGCAUCGAGACCAAGAAAGAGAAGGAGGACCCAUAUGUGCUCAAGAAAGAGAAGAAGGAGGAGCCGGUGGCCCCCGAGCUUACAGAAAUGGCAGCAACAGUGCCUGAAAGUGCAGAGCCUGAGGCAGAGGCCGAUGGAGAGGAGCUGGACAGCAGCGACAUGUCAGCUAUCAUCUAUGAGAUCCCCAAGGAGCCCGAGAAGAGGCGGCGAAGCAAGCGGUCACGGGUGAUGGAUGCUGAUGGUCUGCUCGAGAUGUUCCACUGCCCAUACGAGGGCUGCAGCCAGGUGUACGUAGCCCUCAGCAGCUUCCAGAACCACGUCAACCUUGUGCAUCGCAAAGGGAAGACCAAAGUGUGCCCUCACCCUGGCUGUGGCAAGAAGUUCUACUUAUCCAACCACCUGCGGCGGCACAUGAUCAUCCAUUCAGGUAUCCGUGAAUUUACCUGCGAGACUUGUGGCAAGUCCUUCAAGAGGAAGAACCACCUGGAGGUACACCGGCGCACGCACACUGGCGAGACACCCCUACAGUGUGAGAUCUGUGGCUACCAGUGCCGGCAGCGCGCGUCCCUCAAUUGGCACAUGAAGAAGCACACUGCUGAGGUGCAGUACAAUUUCACGUGCGAGCGCUGCGGAAAGCGCUUUGAGAAGCUGGACAGCGUCAAGUUCCACACGCUCAAAAGCCACCCAGACCAUAAGGCCACCUGACCCACUUGAUUACUGCCUGUAUUUAUUCGUCUGCUGGGACACCAUGCCCAGGCCAGGGCAGCCGCGGGGCCGCCUGGACCGCAGGCCGGAAGAAGGCACCCCUUCCAUACCCGCCGCCACAGGGCUGGGCUCCCUGGGCAGGUCCCCCAUCGGGCCCUGUCCAGGAGCUGGUGCCUGGGGCUGCAUUGCUGGAACUGUUUCUAGAGAGCAGACUGAGAUUAAAGAGCGAGAAAGGAGA